AUGGCAGUAGAACACACUAUAGGCACAAACACCGAGGCGUAUAUGGACCGCGUUCUUCAACAGUAUCGAGAGAAAGUCGUGAAAACUGGUCAGAGGCGUACUCCUGUAAAGAUAAAAGCUACUCUAAUACCGAGGCCAGAGGGAUACGAAAAUCCAAAAAAUUGGACCACGGAUACUGCGUUGCAUCUAAUGUACCUUAUACAGGAAAAUAAGACGGCGGGUACGCUUCGGCAGGCCUUGAGGAAAAUAUUUUCUUCCUCUAUAGCUGUGGGGAAUUCUGAGGUCAAGCUUCGCGGGACGGAGGAUCAAACAUCGCCGAAGCAAUAUGUUGUUCAGAUUGAAAAUCACUUGCAGGCGGACCUGCCGAGCGCCAGGAUCACCCUUAACACUUUCAUGUCAACAAAUACUUCUUCAGCUAAAGGUCUGGGUGAAGCUGGCGACAGAGGCUAUGGUUGGAGUGGUGGAGGGUCUAGUGGUUUGGGCAGUAGAGGGCCCAGUGGUGGGAGUGGUGGAGGGUCUGGUGGUGGGAAAGGUAGAGAGUCUGGAGGUGGGAAAGGUAGAGGGUCUGGUGGUUUUGGUAUUGGAGGGUCUGGUGGUUACGGUAUAGGAGGGUCUAGUGAUGAGAGUGGUGGAGAAUCUGGUGGUUUUGGUAUUGGAGGGUCUGGUGGUUUUGGUAUUGGAGGGUCUGGUGGUUGGGGUAUUGGAGGGUCUGGUAGUGGGAGUGGUGAAGGGUCUGGUGGUUUUGGUAUUGGAGGGUCUGGUGGUUAUGGUAUAGGAGGGUCUAGUGAUGAGAGUGGUGGAGAGUCUGCUGGUUUUGGUAUUGAAGGGUCUGGUGGUUGGGGUAUUGGAGGGUCUGGUGGUGGGAGUGGUGAAGGGUCUGGUGGUUUGGUAUUGGAGGGUCUGGUGGUUAUGGUAUAG